AUGCAUUCUCGUACUGAAAGACGAUAUGACCAUCAAAAUCUAUCACGUAUUAGUCGUCAAGACUGUCAGCAUCUUGCUAAUCGUAGUCAACGUCCAUCAUCAUCCGGAUUUAAUUUAGAUCGACAAUCGUUGUCAAUAAGUCAUCGUCAUUUAGAUUCUUAUGACCUUAAAGACAAACGUGAACAAUCAGGUUAUUGUUUUGGUGUAUUGAUUGUGCUCAGCUAUGUUCUUGUCAUUGUUACAUUUCCUUUAUCUCUAUGUUUCUGUCUUAAAGUAGUACAAGAAUAUGAAAGAGCUGUUAUCUUUCGACUCGGUCGUAUUUUAGCAAAUGGAGCACGUGGACCCGGUCUAUUCUUUAUCUUACCAUGCAUUGAUACCUAUAGUAAAGUUGAUCUUCGAACAGUAACUUUUGACGUUCCACCACAAGAAAUUCUAACAAAAGAUAGUGUAACAGUAGCAGUUGAUGCUGUUGUCUAUUUUCGAAUAUUUAAUGCCGUUAUAUCAAUAACAAAUGUUGAAGAUGCAGCAAAAUCAACAAAACUUUUAGCAGCAACAACACUUCGAAAUGUUUUAGGUACUAAAACUCUUCAGGAAAUUCUUGCAGAACGAGAUAAAAUUGAUACGGUUAUUCAAACAGGUCUUGAUGAAGCAACUGAUCCUUGGGGUGUUAAAGUCGAACGUGUUGAAGUAAAAGAUGUUCGUUUACCAGUGGCAUUACAAAAAGCUAUGGCAGCUGAAGCUGAAGCAUCUCGUGAUGCACGUGCAAAAAUAAUUGCAGCUGAAGGUGAAAUGAAAGCAAGUCGUGGUUUAAAAGAAGCAGCUGAUACUAUUCAACAAUCACCUAUUGCUUUGCAAUUAAGAUAUUUACAGACAUUAACACAAAUUGCUGCUGAACGUAAUUCAACUAUUGUCUUUCCCAUUCCUAUUGAACUUUUACAAGCUGUAUCUCGUAGUCGUCGAUAA